AUGGCUACGGAGUCUGUAGUGAGAGACGUCCUCGUACUUGGGCUAGGGCCGGUCGGCGCGUUAUAUUCAUAUGUCUUACAAAAAGGUGGACAGGCACGAGUUACUGUUGUCGCGAGAAGUAACUACGAAACGGUGAAGGGUGAACACGAAGCUUUGACUGCGACAUCAUUGUCUCUAAUUGUGGACUACUGCAGCUGGCGGCCAUACCGGCUAUCCCAAACCUUGACAGAAGCCCUCGAUCGCACGUACGAGUUCGUGAUAAUUGGGACAAAAGCUGUACCAGAAGUAGUAACAACUCCAGCGCUUCUUGCACCUCUGAUCGGCUCGCCAUAUUCUGACCACCAUGUCCAACCGACGUAUGUCUUCAUGCAAAACGGUAUCAAUGUUGAAGCGGACUUGUACCUUACGUUGAAGGAGCGUAACCGCAGUGAGGAGCCGAAAAUUAUCAGCACCGCCUUAUGGCUUGGCGUGCGAAUGAUAGAUGGAAGGACGGUCAUACACACCGAUUUCGGCCGUGUAGAGCUGGGCGUAUACCAUCCUCUCUCUAUUACAAUGCAAGACACGACGCAACAGUCUGCCGUCAUGUCCGAUUUCGCCGAAAUGCUGCAAGCUGGUGGGGCGAGGAUACUUGUCACCUCCGAUAUCCACCGCCUGAAGUUUGUGAAGAACGUCUGGAACGUCUGCUUCAAUAUGUUCCCUGCACUCACCCGCUUCUCAUGCGAUGCCAUAUUUAUACCUCCCAAGAAGGAGGACACUGCAUCAGGAGAUCCACUCGAUUUCAAAGGGGAUACCACCAUCACUGUACCACCACCUCCUUCUACGACCGCCACGGCGCAUUUGCCAAGUGCAUCGGACGACAUCGGAUGGUACACUAUCCCACUGAUGCUGGACAUUCUACUGGAAAUCCAUGCUCUUGGAGCUGUUCUAUUCCCUCCCACUGAAACGGGUCCCAACCUUGAUCCAGAUUCGGCACUCAGGACCUUGACCCUCACAGGUGAAGCAUACGGAAACGGAAUCAUGAAGCACCGACCCAGUACUCUUGUCGACGUCGAAUUGGGUCGACCGAUGGAGCUCGAAGUCAUUCUGGGUGAAACACGCGUAGAUACUAUGUAUGGCCUCUUGCUAGUCGUACAGAAUCAGCUCCUUAGGACACGUUCUUAG